AUGUGCUCCUGUAUAUACAAUUAAUUGUAAUUCGAAUUUUAAAAUUUUUGCUUAGUUUAACAUUCGAUGGUCAGUCACUUGCCAAGUUGUCAAAGACCUUGAAAUGUCAAUUCAAGCGUGAUUUGAGGAGGAUUCUUUUAGGUUACAAAAUAAUUUGGAAUUAUAUUCCUAUAGGAGUUUCCUGGUACUUUUUGCUAUAGUGACCCGAACAUAACUUGUUCAAGGAUGUCGGUCGCGACUAUGUUACGGCGUUCGGUCAUUAAUGGCACAGUGUAUUCAGCUGCUGCCCUGCGUUAUGCUUCAACUCAACAGGAAAAGAAGGUUUUCUUUGAUAUCACGGCGGACGGCGAGCCCCUUGGCCGAAUUGUGAUGAAACUUCAUACUGAAGAGGUGCCGAAAACGGCAGAAAACUUUAGAGCACUUUGCACAGGAGAAAAAGGAUUCGGCUACAAAGGUUCUUCGUUUCACAGAAUAAUUCCCAGUUUUAUGUGCCAGGGUGGCGAUUUCACUAACCAUAACGGUACUGGUGGCAAAUCAAUUUACGGCCGCACCUUCAAGGACGAGAACUUCAAACUGAAGCACACUGGCCCUGGAAUCCUGUCCAUGGCUAACGCCGGCCCCGAUACUAACGGUUCUCAGUUCUUUAUCACCACUGCUGCCACUCCCUGGCUGGAUCGCAGGCACGUUGUUUUUGGUGCAGUAGUUGAAGGCUUGGAUACUGUACAAAAAAUGGAGAAGUUGGGUUCCAAGGCUGGCCAAGUAUCCAAGAAAGUUGUUAUCAAAGAUUGCGGAAUGAUGGAAGAAGAGAUUGCUGUGGAGAAGGCUCAGUGAUUUGUCCAAGUCUUCAAGGAUUUAAAUUAAACAAUAUUUUAAAAUAAGUAUGCAAUUUUAUUCACUAAAUGCAACAAAUUAGUUUUGGAGUUGCUAUCAAUCAUUCUUCCGAAAUUUAGAUAACAACUUUCCAAAUACAACUAAGUCAGUAUCAAGUCUUACAUCUAUUGUAAUAAGGCAUUUUUAGAUAAAACACUCUUUCAUAUCAAACUAUUUAUCUCUUUUAACAAAUAUAUUACAUGGAUGACUUACUAAUUUCCUUUGUCUUUUCCGCGAUAAAUAUAUAUAUUGCUUUAAAAUACUUGUUCCAUAAUAAAAAUAAUACUCUACCAUAAUAAUUGAUUUACUUGUUUCAACACAUCAGCCCAAGAAUUGACAUUUUUAUUAACUCACAAAAGAAAAUUUGUAGAACGUAUAUUUCGAGUCUAAAUCAGAUUUAUUAUCAUAUACAAUUUACAGGAAGUGAGCCAUGAUAAAACUACUUUAAAACAUUAAAAUAACAUUAUCUAAAUAUAAAAAUAAUAUUUACAACUUAAAUGUAAAAAAAUAAACAAAUGUACAUCAAGUUAUAAAACCAAAAUUAUAACCAGCAGUCAUCAAUCAACUCAUCACCCAUCUUGAGAUCAUAAUAAAUAAAUAUAAAAUUUACAUAUACAGUAUAUCUUUUUACAUAGCUUGUGAUUGGUGCCUAUUGCAGUGAAAAUGUUGCGAAGGUUUUUUAUUACAAGUUUUAAAGUAAUGUUAUGACAUCAGUUUAGGUUUAAAAUAUUGUGCUUUACAAGUUUAAAAGGAAGGUAGUGUAUUUGUGCAACAUGAAGAUUUAAUUAUAGAAGAAGGCAGGAUAGAUUUUCUUUGUACAAAAGCUGUAGGCCAGCAAUUAAAACAGAACUUGAACUUUGAGUUAUGUGGCACUUGGUGAAUGUAAUGUUAAUUUUUGGAUAACAAAAAUGGCAGUUUUGCGUGGCUAUAUCACAACAGAAAUUAGAUGGUCCAAAGCACAAUCAUGCUAAUUGCAAUAAUUUAGCAAUAAAAAACUGUUGCAAAUAGAUAGUGUAUUAAAUAUUUUACUCAUUGAAGAAAAAUGUGUUACUAAUUAAUAUGAUUGAGCAUGAAGCCAUCUAUGUGCUAUAUUAUCUCAUUUUAGGCUUGUCUCGCUUUAGAAAAAGUUAAAAGGUGAUAAAAUUAAGUACAAAACAUAUCUAAAUAGUCUGUAAAUAUAUAGUGCAUUGCAAUAAUGCAGAAAAUGAUAUUUACAAUUUAAUAAUACAAUACCGAUUAAAUAAAGUAUUCUUAUUACUGUAUACGAUUUUAAAGAUCAAUCACUUGUAUCUGUAAAUGUAACUUACAUGAAUUCAUCUGAAAUAUUUCUUAUUUUUAUCAACAAUAAUCUAUAAACGAGGUCGUUAAUUAAUUAAAACUAUUAAGCCAAGGACUCACUAGGGGACCAAUGUGUCGUGCUAAGCAAUGUGCGUGGAGACUUAUGGGACGUCAGUAACUUGGCAAUAUUUUUCCUGGCAAAACUGGGUCGUGUCGCAAGAGAUCGACAAAUUAUUUCCAAGCUAGUGAAUCCUUAGCUUUAUAAGAACAGCUACGAUAAAAACCCGAGUGUAAAUAUACUGAGUAUUUAUAUCUAACACAAGCACA